AUGCCGACGGUCGCGGGGAAACGUCGCAACGUUUGCUUCCCAUUCGCACAUCUUAAAUCUGCACCCCUCACCACGGCACAGAAACCGCAGAAGCAGACCCAGAAACAAAAUCAGAAUCAGGAGAAGCGCCCGGACACUCGCUCCACUUCAUCUCAAGGCCGGAAAAUGGCCAGCCAAGCAGCUCCUCACCCGGGGACCCCAGCCCUUUUCACGCAGCCGCCGCCCAUCCGCGACCCGCUCGUGACAGAAACCACCGAUCUGCAGGACGCAACGCUCUCCAAAUGCCUGCCAUUUCUCAAGGGUAUCUCCGACCUCCAAAAGGGUCCCUUUAAUGCAUCUGGUGUACCUGCCCUCCAACGUGACGAUCAUGUCGAAUACCUCUAUGAUUCCUUGGAAGAUUAUCCCGCUGGCUUCGUGGCCAUGGACUCCAGCCGCCCCUGGAUGAUCUACUGGGGGUUGGCAGGAUUAACUCUUCUGGGGGAGGAUGUCAGUCGGGUCCAUCAACGCGUGCUUGCAUCAAUUCGGCCCAUGCAAAACCCCACGGGUGGCUUUGGUGGCGGGCAUGGUCAAAUAUCUCAUCUCGCGAGCAGUUAUGCAGCCGUUCUGUCGCUCGCAAUGGUCGGGAGCUCGGACGCUUUCGCACUGGUGGAUCGGCAGGCAAUGUGGCAAUGGCUGGGCCGCUUGAAGCAGGCUGAUGGUGGAUUUCGCGUUUGCGAAGGCGGAGAAGAGGACGUGCGCGGCGCAUACUGCGCAUCGGUCAUUAUAUCGCUGUUAAAUUUGCCCCUGGACUUGCCUCCCACUUCCGAGGCCCGACUCGCGGGCUUUGACAAUCUUACAGAUGGCCUUGGGAGUAUCUGUCGCGAUUCUUUUGAAGGUGGUAUCUCCGGGAGCCCCGGUGUUGAAGCGCAUGGUGCUUAUGCUUUCUGUGCAUUGGCAUGUCUUUCCAUUUUGGGUCCUCCCGAAAAGACCAUUGCAAAGCACAUGAAUCUACCCCUGCUGCUGUCUUGGCUAUCUGCACGUCAGUAUGCUCCAGAGGGUGGGUUUUCCGGGCGUACCAACAAGCUCGUCGACGGUUGCUACAGUCACUGGUGCACCGUCAACAACGGUUGGCAGUCUGUUCAGCCGCGAGGGAUUGGACCGAUACAUUCUCGCGUGUUGCCAACACCCCAAGGGGGUCUCCGCGAUAAGCCUGGAAAGCAUGCGGAUGCUUACCACAGCUGCUACGUUCUCACGGGCUUGAGCGCAACACAACACCACCAUUAUCGCACGGACUCCAGCCCCUGUGCCAACAAAAAUUUCUCCUCGGCAUUUUCGUGGCGGUCGAAACCAACUAGCGCCGAUGAAAAUGUAUUUGAGAAGAGCGACCGGUUAACGGCGUUCCACCCCAUCUAUGUAAUCCCGCACCAAGCCGCCGAGAAGAUGCGGCUCUGGUAUGAAGCGGAACCCUUUGUAACCUAG